CAUCAAGAAAGCUUGCUGGCCGAGACCUCUGACCUUCUGCGCCCUUUCCCUUUCCACCUUCAUCCCAGCUCCUCCCACAUCAGCAAUCACCAGCUCCUCAGGCGCUGCCGUCAAGCCUCAUCCACGACAGACUUGGCUUGUUCCCAAUUCCUCCGCCAAGAACAGGCCAGCUUCCCUCCCCCCAGACCCAAAGGCCUGUGCACGGCGAGGGAGCCCUCGUUCUCGCCGCGACAAUGAGCGACCGGCGCGACCACUCCGACUCGGAGGACGAGGAAGACUUCAACCCGGCGCCUGCCAACUACAGCGACGACGAGGGAGAUGAAGUCCAGGAUGACUCGCCGAAGCGCUCGAGGAAAUCGCCCUCGCCAGCUCGGAAGCCUGCUGCCAACGACGACGAUGACGAUGACCAAAUAGACGAGGACGAGGACGACGAUGAGGGCGGCGGUGGUGGCGAUGAUGAUGACGAGGAUGACGAAGAUGACGAAGAUGAGGAGGUACAGGGCCACCGACGCAAGCGCCGCAAGGACAAGCGCAAUGCCUUCUUCGAUAUCGAAGCCGAAGUCGACGAUGAGGACGAGGGCGAAGACGAUGACGAGGCUGCCGAGGAGGUCGAGGGCUUCAUCGAGCACGAUGAGCCCGAGCUCGCGGAGCAGGGACGGUUCGACGACGAUCGACGCCACCGACAACUCGAUAUGCAGCGAAGCGCCAUUACUGCCGAGGAGAUCGAGGCCGAGGCCAACGAGUUCCAGCGUAAAUAUGGUAACCGCCGCCGCGAGGGUGGCAUGGCGGAGGCCAACAUUGUCCCCCAGCGGCUGUUGCUCCCCAGCGUCGACGACCCCAGCAUCUGGGGUGUCCGUUGUAAAGAAGGCAAGGAACGCGAGGUCGUCUUCAACAUCAUCAAGAAGAUGGAGGAGAAGAUGGGCACCAAGGACGAGCUUGGCAUUACGGCGGCCUUUGAGCGCGGUGGACCGAACUCUGUCAUGAAGGGCCUGAUCUAUGUCGAAGCGCAGCGCCAGACGGACAUUCUGAAGGCUCUGGAGGGUAUGCUCAACGUGUAUCCCCGAACAAAGCUCUUGCUGGUCGACAUCAAGGAGAUGCCUGAUCUGCUAAGGGUGCAGAAGACUCCGUCCCUCGAGCCCGGCACGUGGGUACGCCUGAAGCGGCCCCCGAAGAACGCCGGCGAUCUCGCCCAGGUCAUGGACGUCACCGAGAACGGCCUCGAGGCUCGUGUACGGUUCAUUCCCAGACUCGACUACGGUGUGCGCGACGAGACCCCAGCGAACAUGCUUGACGACAAGAAGCGGAAGCGAGCCGUGGCUGGUCCACGCCCGCCUCAGAGACUCUUCAGCGAGGCAGAGGCGCGCAAGCGGAAUCCUCGUUUCCUGACUGGCAAUGCCGUCACUGGCAACUUCUCAUACAUGGGAGACGACUUUGAGAACGGCUACCAGGUCAAGGACAUCAAGAUCCAGCUCCUGACGAUCAAGGACGUAAAUCCGACAUUGGAGGAGAUCCAGAAGUUCGCCUCGGAAGGCCAGGAUGGUGCCGAGAUCAUCGACCUCAAGUCUAUCGCGGCAAGCUUGAAGGAAAGCACAUCGAAUGUGACCUACCUGCCUGGUGAUGUCGUGGAGGUGUACGAAGGAGAGCAAAAGGGCGUCGUCGGUAAAGCAACCAACGUCCAGGCCGACAUUGUGACUAUGGAGGUCAGCGAGGGCGACCUGAGAGGUCAGGUCAUUGAGGUCCCAACCAAGGGCUUGCGAAAGCGCUUCCGGAUCGGAGACCACGUCAAGGUCAUUGGUGGCAGCAAGUACCGUGACGAGGUCGGUAUGGUCGUCAAGAUCUCAGAAGACCGCGUGACCCUCUUGACCGACCAGACAACUACGGAAAUCACGGUCUUUAGCAAGGACUUGCGCGAGGCCAGUGAUAUUGGUGGCCAAGGUUCGCUGGGUCAAUAUGCCCUUCUCGAUCUGGUGCAGCUUGACCCGACUACGGUUGGCUGUAUCGUCAAGGUCGACCGCGAGUCACUCGUCGUGCUGGAUCAGAACGGUGACACUCGCCAGGUCAUGCCCUCCCAGAUCGCUAACAAGCUGCCACGACGGAAACUUGCUGUUGCAGCCGAUCGCAACGGCUCCGAAAUUCGUCCCGACGAUGUGGUCAAGGAGUCUGGCGGCAUGGGCAGGCAAGGAAAGAUCCUGCACAUUCACCGCACGUUUGUGUUCUGUCAUACUCAUGCUACGAACGAGAACGCUGGUAUUUUUGUCUCGCGGACAAGCAACGUAGCGACCAUUUCCGCCAAGGGUGGUCGUGUCAAUGCAACGGCCGGUGGCCCAGACUUGUCGGCCAUGAAUCCUGCCAUGAAGCUCCAUGGCAACAAGGGCAAUAUGCCCCCACCAAAGGUUCAGCUCGGCCGUGACAGGCUGAUCGGACAGACCGUGACAAUAAGAAAAGGUGGCUGGAAGGGUCUGCUCGGCCGUGUCAAAGACACCACGGACACCCACGCCCGCGUCGAGCUGCACACCAAGAGCAAGAUCAUCAACGUGCCCAAGACCGACAUCACAGUUCGCGACACAUUUACUGGACGGGAAGUCAAGAACUAUGAUAGUCGUCGUCCUGGUGGCAUGGGCCCGCCUGGCCAGGUCAACCGCGCUCCCGAUUGGCAAAAUGGUGGAGGCCGUACACCCAUGGGAGCUUCCUCUGCCAGAACGCCGGCGUGGAAGACACCAUCUGGAGGCGGCGGUCGCACGCCUGCAUGGAGCAAGGGCGGCGAUGGAGGCCGAACACCAGCCUGGGCCGAUGGCUCGCGAACUGUCAACCCAUAUGAUGGAAGCAGGACGUCGUACGGAUCAGGUAGCCGGACGCCGGCUUGGCAGUCUGGUGCAAAGACGCCUGCGCCAGGCGACCACUUCGGAGUCGGCUCAAGGACGCCCGCAUACAAUGGCGCCAGUGGUGAUGCGUGGGGAGGUUCAAAGACGCCGUACGGAGCUUCCGCAGCGACGCCUGGCGCAAGUGGUAAUGACACUUGGGGCUACACUCCUCGGGACAGCGGCUACGAUGCCCCGACGCCAGGCGCUCUGCUGGGAGGACCGACACCUGGACCCAUGGACGCCCCCACACCUGGUGGCUACGGUGCACCAACUCCUGGUGCUGCUUUGAACGCGCCCACGCCGGGCGGUGGUUGGGGUGGCGGCUGGGGCGCUGACUCUGCACCGACGCCAGCCGCGGAUGCUGCGCCUACGCCAGCAGCAAGCGGAUACUACGGCGCGCCUACGCCAGGCGCCUACUCGGCCGAGACCCCGGCCGCUCCGCGGUACGACGACGAUGACUGAUUGUCAGGCACCACUUGAGUCAUUGGGAGUUUGGAAUGUGGUGAAAUGGUGCUUGGGGAGGUAUCUCAGGCAGGAGACGUCGAGAGCAAGUGUCUCCUGAAAUUCCUCAAAAUAGCAUAUCCGCAAAGAACAGACAGGAGUUUUUCCAUCGCGUUUUUUCUUGAGACCGGGCGCUUAUUUUUUGUGCCGAGGUUUCUAAUUUCACUCAAGUGUACUUUUACCAAAAGGGCGAGGGAGACAACGCACACACACAGAGAGACAGACAGACAUUUACAACUGAACAAUCAUAAUCGCGCGAGGCGUUAUACUUGAAGCAUAUUUUUAUUCUGGAAC